AUGAAGCCCCCCUCAGGGCCAGAGGAGGCCCAGCAGCCAGCCUCGGACAUCCGCGUGUUCGCCCGCAGCUGCACACUGCACGGCUUAGGCCAUGUCUUUGGCCCGGGGGGCCUGACCCCACGCCGGGGGCUGUGGGCAGCAGCCAUGCUGCUGUCGCUGGCUGCCUUCCUGUACCAGGUGGCUCAGAGGGUGCGCUACUACGGGGAGUUCCACCACGAGACGGCCCUGGACGAGCGUGAAAGCCACCGGCUCACCUUCCCAGCCAUCACCCUGUGCAACAUCAACCCGCUGCGGCGCUCACACCUCACACCCAAUGACUUGCACUGGGCUGGGCCCACGCUGCUGGGCCUGGAGCCCACCGAGCAUGCUGCCUUCCUGCACGCCCUGGGCCGGCCCCCCGCGCCGCCCGGCUUCAUGCCCAGUCCCACCUUCGACAUGGCCCGACUCUAUGCCCGAGCAGGGCACACCCUUGAGGACAUGCUGCUGGACUGCCGUUACCGUGGCCAACCGUGUGGGGCUGAGAACUUCACCACGAUCUUCACCCGGAUGGGCCAGUGCUACACCUUUAACUCCGGCGUGGACGGGGCAGAGCUUCUCACUACUCCCAGGGGUGGCAUGGGCAGUGGGCUGGAGGUCAUGCUGGAUGUGCAGCAGGAUGAGUACCUGCCCGUGUGGAGGGACAUGGAGGAGACCCUGUUUGAGGUGGGGAUCCGCGUGCAGAUUCACAGCCAAGAGGAGCCACCCAUCAUUGACCAGCUGGGCUUCGGGGUGGCCCCCGGCUACCAGACUUUCGUGUCCUGCCAGCAGCAGCAGCUGAGCUUCCUGCCACCACCCUGGGGCGACUGUAGUUCCGUUUCUCUGGACCCAGACUUCGAGCCGGAUCCCUCUGGUUCCCCGGGUCCCCCCAGCCCAGGCUCCAGCCCACCGUAUAGUCUAAUGGGGUGUCGAUUGGCCUGCGAGGCCCGCUAUGUGGCUCGGAAGUGCGGCUGCCGAAUGAUGCAUAUGCCUGGCGGCGCUCCAGUGUGCAGCCCCCAGCAGUACAAGGACUGCGCCAACCCGGCGCUGGACGCCAUGCUGCGAAAGGACGCGUGCGCCUGCCCUAACCCGUGCGCCAGCACGCGCUACGCCAAGGAGCUCUCCAUGGUGCGGAUCCCCAGCCGCGCCGCCGCCCGCUACCUGGCCCGGAAACACAACCGAAGCGAGGCCUACAUCGCGGAGAACGUGCUGGUGCUGGACAUCUUCUUUGAGGCCCUCAACUACGAGACUGUGGAGCAGAAGAAGGCCUAUGAAGUAUCAGAGCUGCUGGGAGACAUUGGGGGCCAAAUGGGACUAUUCAUCGGAGCCAGCCUGCUCACCAUCCUUGAGAUCCUCGACUUCCUCUGUGAGGUGUUCCGAGAAAGGGUCCUGGGAUACUUCUGGAACCGAAGGCAUUCCCAAAGGCACUCCAGCACCAAUCUGCUUCAGGAAGGACUGGGCAGCCAUCAAGCCCAAGUUCCCCAUCUCAGCCUGGGCCCCAGGCCCCCUGCUCCUCCCUGUGCUGUCACCAGGACUCUCUCUGCCUCCCACCGCACCUGCUACCUUGUCACACGGCUCUAGACGCGGUGUUGGUGUCUUCAGGACUGCACCCUGACAUCUUGGAUAUGUCCAGCCUGCAUAGAUCUUUGCCAUCUUCACCCCCAAUAAAAUUCUAGUGUAUCA